ACGGCACUAAGUGUUAAACGCGCUUAACGAAAGCACAAGAUACAGAAAUUUUCAUAAAAGUUAUAUUUUUGUUUUAUAUUUUUUUUAAAAUGAAUCGUUCAUUAAUAGAUUUUCAGAAGAUUCACAAAGAAGCAUCUUUUCUCCAUAGGCAGAAUUCACCGCACGAUAUGGUUGCAAAAAAUGACUUAUUAGGUUUGCAAGCAUUCUGUAAUGUAGCUAGAAAUAACCCCGUUCAGCUGGAUGUACUGGAUGAAUAUAGCAAUACGCCUUUGUUGAAGGCUUGUUAUCUGGGUAGCUUAGUCUGCGCCAAAAUGUUGCUGCAAGCGGGUGCUGAUAUUCAAGUUAUAAAUAGCAUGGGACAAAAUGCAUUAACUUUAGCUACAUACUCCCGCAACAAAACUUUAGUGCUAGAAUUAUUAAAAUAUCGAAGUUAUGAUGAUUUUAAUUCAACGUCUAUGUUGCCAGCCCUAAUGGUCGCGAAAAUGCUCAAGAACCAUGAUCUCAUUGCAUUAUUCAAGACUUUUACUCAUAAGCACGAUGAUUUGACAACAGUGCAUGGUUUGCAAGUCAAUGAAGCCAUGACUUUCAAUUAGAAUAAAUUUUUAAAUGCAUAAGUUUUAAUUUUAACAAAUUGUUUUUUAAUUUU